AUGGCAUCACGUGACUUGACAGCAUCCUUUAUGCAACGGCGUGCCAAUGCCCGUCGGCGUCGUGGAGACAGAGACUCGCAGUCGGUUCCUCUAACAGCUGGUGGCUCAGAUCAUGCAUUGAUGCUGCUGGAAGAAGGGAGCGAAGGAGCCAAUGGAGACGCCUCCAAUGGUAUUGAAAUGUCUUCCCUCAACAAGCGCCCGCCUUCUUGGGUUCGGGAUGUGGACAGCGUCAAGGAAGUCUUGGCAGAAAUUAAGCGCCAAAUGGGAGAAUUACAAUCCAUGCACGCUUCAAGAGUAGGAUCUGUAUUUGGCAAGGACUUGGAUCACAUGGAAGGACGCAUUGAAAUCAUGACUCGUGAGGUUACCAAUCGCUUUCGAGAUGCCGAACGAACCUUGAAAAAAGUGGGGACUUCGACUCGGAAUGCGGGAGGUGAGGAGGCUGCUAUUGGAGCCAAUGUUCAGAGAAGUCUCGCCAAACAGCUGCAAGAGCUGUCUGUAUCCUUUCGGACUUCACAGCGCAAAUACUUGGCAGAGGUGCAGGCACAAAAGAAUGGAGACAUGGUGGGUGAUUCCAAAUUUGGUAUCAGCUUGGAUGAAGGUGGAGGCGAGAACAGUUUCUUUACCAGCCAACAAGUACAAGUGGUGGACGAUUUGCAAUCAGCUAUUCAAUCUCGGGACGAAGAGAUUUCCAAAAUUGCACAGAGUAUCGAAGAGCUGGGCACCAUUUUCAAGGAACUGGCGGUCUUGGUAAUUGAUCAGGGAACCAUAUUGGAUCGCAUUGAUUACAAUAUGGAAGCCGUAGUGGAACACACCAAGACCGGUAUUACUCAACUCGAAAAGGCAGAAAAACAGCAAAAGAAUGCCCGGCCCAUGAAGUGCAUUCUCUCGCUCAUCCUUCUAAUCUUUAUCCUCCUAUUACUACUGGUACUGAAGCAUCGACGCCGACAUCAUCGUUGGUAG